AUGUUGGCUUCUAAUGUUAUCAUCAUCGGUGCUGGUCUGGCGGGUGUAACCUUGGCUCUUUGUUUAAAAAAGCAGCAUGGAAUCUCCUACUCAAUCUAUAAGCUACGACCUAGUCCCGAUGAGUGUAGAACGCAUACUUCACCAAAUGUAUUGCGUGUGCUACAAUAUGUCAGCGUUUACGAUAAAAUCAGAACCCAGGUUUACAAUUACGAGGAAGUUGGCAUGAACAAUGCCAGUGGCCAACAAUUAGCAACGUUCCUGAUUGGUAGUGAAAAACUCUAUCAUUUAUAUUCGAUACGCGUUCAUCGGAAAAUAGUCCAGUUGAAAUUGCCGGGGGAAGCUGAGGAACAGGGAAUAGCGAUCCACUACGGAAUGAAACUGAUAGAUGUGAAUGAAGACAAUGUUUCAGGAGUAGAAUUGAUAUUCGAGAAUGGGAUCACUGUAGCUGCUGACUUUGUCUUUGUGGUUGGCGCUGAUGGGGUUCACUCGCGUACGCGCUCGGCAGUCAGCAACACAGCACAUAAAUAUAGCGGACUCCUUGGUGUUACCAGCAUGUCCCGACGACCUACAUAUACUAAUGAAAGAAAGGGUCUCAGAGAACUGGCCAGCUCUGGUUUAGAAUAUCUGUGA